AUGGCCGCCCCUUCUGUCUCUUCCCCAACCGGUGCGAAGAUGUCGAGUCCGCCGACGGAUUCGAAGAAGAAGUUGCCUCAGCCUGAUGAGCCCACCCAGGCCGACUCGAAACCAGGCACGACAAGCGCACCUGCCGAUAAAGGAGCCACAGCAACUACCGCUGCUCUCGCACCUCCCCCCAAACCGCCGACCUCCACGGACGCGCCCGACUACUUUUCGCAGACACACAGUAACGCAAAUCCCUUCUCGCUCGAGCCCAACGUCUUCGAGCAAUCGUUCGGCAAUCCCGCCGUCGAGACGCCAGGCCGCACCAUUCUUCCUCCCGUUGCGAACAUAACCUCCCCAUCUCCACUCCUCCCUGGGAUCACACCUGGUUGGCAGUCGUCGUUGCGUCAAGGUCCCCUGAGUCCUGCCAUGCUAUCAGGCCCUGCUGGAACUGACUACUUCGACUUCAAUCGUGGCUUCCCUACCCCGAAUGAAUCUUGUGUGCGCACCGGUCUGACUCCUGGCGGCGGCGGUUCCAUGUUCCCAGCGCCCUCGCCAAAUACACAAGCCAUGUUCUCUCUGCAGAGUCAGAGCGGCGUAGCGACCCCUAAUACGGCCGACUUCCACCAGUCUGCCCUUCGCGCUUCGCAGAUGAACCAGCACAAGUUUCCGCCCACGUCUGCCCCAACCUCACAGCCAGACACGGCCGCAGCCAGCGUGCAAUCGUCUCAGAACUUCCAGCAAGGGCAAGGGUCGUCGGAGCGCAGCCAGCCUGAUCCCUAUGCCAACCACGAUGUCAGCACGGCCGCCAAUGAUCUGAUCUCCUUUGCAACUCAGAAUGGAGCUGCCAGGAAUGGCGUCCAGCCCUUCACCCUGCCUAACCAGCCGACACAAGUGAACAACCUUGGCCACAUGCCCGUGCAGCCCGUGAGUCGGGACCCCGGGCGACGGGGCACGGUGGAUUCGGCCAUCUCGGCAGACACCGCAGACUUCUCAGAAGAGAGUGGACAGAGCGAACAGAAGACGACCACGAGGUCUCGUGCUAAGAAGGGAGCGUCCAAUGGGAAGCUGGCCGCUGGUACCAAACGGAAGGCCGAUGAACCCGCGAAGUCCAAUUCCAGGAGAAAGACAAAUAAUGGUGCCGCUUCAAACAACAGUGUCAACGACUCCGAGGAGGAACGAACCAGCCCGAAGCAGGAAGACACCAAGAAGAUGACCGACGAAGAGAAACGCAAAAACUUCCUCGAGAGGAACAGGGUUGCCGCUUUGAAAUGCCGCCAGCGCAAGAAGCAAUGGCUUGCCAAUCUACAACAGAAAGUCGAGACGUAUAGUCAGGAGAAUGAUACCCUCCUGACGACGGUCGCUCAGCUCCGCGAGGAAAUUAUCAACCUGAAGACAGUCCUUCUGGCCCAUAAAGACUGUUCAGUUUCAGUGCAGCAGGGACUGAGUGGUAUGAACAUGAACGCGUUCCUUCAACGUGGCACAGCCAUUUCCGACAACCAUACCAAUCCCUAUGGCAUUGGACAGUUGGCGGCGCCUAGCGGCGUUCCAAUGGGCAUUCCCAUGGCUCCUGGGCCCAACUUGCAGAACCGGUUCGUCUAUCCCCCCUUAGGACCUGUGAAGAUCGAAAGCGGAGCUUCCCCAACCCCUGCCUCCCCGCUCUUCCAGCAAACGUCAAACUUACCAUUGGUCAGCUAA